AUGGCAGCCAACAUGUACCGAGUCGGAGAUUAUGUUUAUUUUGAGAACUCGUCCAGUAACCCGCUGCUGAUCCGGAGGAUAGAGGAGCUCAAUAAGACAGCCAAUGGGAACGUGGAGGCCAAAGUGGUGUGUUUCUAUCGACGCAGGGACAUCUCUGGGACGCUCAUUGCUCUCGCCGACAAACACGCAAGAGAGAUGGAAGAGGAGAUGGAAAACACAGAAAUGUUGGAGCUUCCAGAGAAACAGAAACAUCAGCUGCGACACCGAGAACUAUUCCUGUCACGACAACUGGAGUCUCUGCCAGCAACACACAUCAGAGGCAAGUGCUGCGUCACGCUGCUCAAUGAGACUGAAGCCUUGAAGUCGUAUUUGGAGCGAGAGGACGCCUUCUUCUACUCGCUGGUGUACGACCCGCAGCAGAAGACGCUGUUGGCCGAUAAAGGAGAGAUCCGAGUGGGGAACAAGUACCAGGCCGACGUGGCGGAGGCUCUGGAAGAUGAAAAAGACGAACGAGAUCUUUCCAAAAUGGAGGACAAGGUUUGGGAUCCCAACAGCCUCCUCACAGAGAAACAGAUCGACCAGUUUUUAGUUGUGGCACGGUCUGUGGGUACGUUUGCUCGAGCUCUGGACUGCAGCAGCUCUGUCCGACAGCCCAGUCUCCACAUGAGCGCCGCCGCCGCCUCCCGAGACAUCACCCUGUUCCACGCCAUGGACAGCCUCCACGCCGCGGGCUAUGACAUGACCAGGGCCAUUGCGUCGUUGGUGCCGCAGGGAGGACCAGUGCUGUGCAGAGACGAGAUGGAGGAGUGGAGCUCCUCUGAGGCCAAUCUGUUCGAGGAGGCGCUCGAGAAAUACGGCAAAGACUUCACUGACAUACAACAAGACUUUCUCCCAUGGAAGUCCCUCACCAGUAUUAUUGAGUAUUAUUACAUGUGGAAGACGACAGACAGAUACGUACAACAGAAACGGUUAAAAGCAGCAGAAGCAGAGAGCAAACUGAAGCAGGUCUACAUCCCUAACUAUAACAAGCCAAACCCAAACCAGCUGAGUAACAGUGUGAAGCCGCUGGUGAAUGGAGCAGGCGCCGCAGCAGCCGCAGCAGCUACAGGAGCUCCGGCCGCUGCUGCGCAGACCCCCGCUCUGGGACGGGCCUGUGAGAGCUGCUACACCAGCAGUUCGUUCCAGUGGUACUCGUGGGGUCCUCCUAACAUGCAGUGUCGCCUGUGCGCCUCCUGCUGGACCUACUGGAAGAAGUACGGAGGUCUGAAGAUGCCCACGAGGCUGGAGGGCGAGCGACCCGGGCCCAACCGGGCCUCCACGAGCCCCCAUGGCCUCCCGCUCAGACACAGUGGAAGUCCAAAGUUUGCAGUUAAAACCCGUCAGGCGUUCUACCUUCAGACGACCGCUGUGACCCGCACUGCUCGCCGACUCUGCCAGGACUUGAUCAGACCACGCCUCCUCGCUCGCCACCCCUACUUCCCCGUCAACUCCGCCAGCAUCAAGGCCGAAUGUGCGCUUCGGUUGCCAGAAAAGCUAAAAAAGCCGUCAUUGAAACCUGUGGAACGCAAACCACUAGAAUCUGUGGUUCGAUAUUUAGAAUCACACCCGCGCCCGGUCCGAGAGCCCCCACGUUCUGCCUCAUCCUCAACCAUGGCUCCCCCACCAUCCUUGGGAAACGCUCCUACGAACAGCACAACGGCCUGGACGGUAAAUCCAAAGUUCUGGCUCCGCAGUGGGACAUCGUGGCCAAACGUCAGACGCUUCAGGACGAGGUUCAUGAACUCGACUGAACCCUACUGCAAAGACGUGUGA